AUGCAGAACAACGGAUCCAGAAUCGCCACUUCACAAUUGCCUAUCUUUAAAGGCAUAAAUUAUCAUUUUUGGAGCUUGAAAAUGCAAACAUUAUUCAAGUCUCAAGAACUGUGGGGUUUUGUUGAAGAAGGAUUUGAUGAUGCUCAAUCUCCAGAACCUGCUCAGCAAUUGAGAGAGAAGAGAAAGAAAGAUUCCAAGGCAUUGUUUAUGAUACAACAGGCCUUGGAUGAUGAAAUCUUUCCCAGAAUUGCCUCAGCAACCACAUCCAAGAUGGCGUGGGAUACUCUAAAGCAAGAGUAUCUAGGUGACAAGAAGGUGAUUACAGUGAGGUUGCAAUCACUCAGGAGAGAGUUUGAAACAGCUCUAAUGACAGACAAAGAAUCUGUCCAAGAAUACUUGUCACGUGUAUCCACUGUGGUACAACAAAUGCGGUCAUAUGGAGAAACAAUGACCAAUGAGCAUGUGGUUGGAAAAGUUCUAAGAAGUCUCACAAGAAAAUAUGAUCAUGUUGUAGCGGCUAUUGAAGAGUCAAAGGACAUGGAAGAGUACACCUUUGAAGAACUCAUGGGAUACUUGCAAGCUCAUGAGGAGAGGCUCAAUAGAAAUGGUGAGAAGAAGGAAGAGAAGGCAUUCCAUGUGAAAGGAGAAUCCGCAAACAAGGAAAAGACAUGGCAAUUUAGUGGAAGAGCCAGGCCACAAAGAGGCUAG